AUGGCUGUGUUUGUGCAUGUCACUCAUACCUGUGGUCGUGGAUUCUACAAGUCUUCAUCUCAGGAUCUUCAGUGUUCCCGUUGUCCUGCGCACAGUUAUAAUGACAGAGAGGGCUCAUGGAGAUGUGACUGCGAAGACGGCUAUUACAGAGCCCUCUCCGACCCCCCUUCAGUCGCCUGCACUAGGCCACCGUCAGCUCCUCAGAACCUGCUUUACAACAUCAACCACACCACCGUCAGCCUAGAGUGGACCCCGCCAGCCGACACAGGUGGCCGUAACGACGUGACGUACCGGAUUAUAUGCCGCCGCUGCACCUGGGAGCCAGAAGAGUGCUUUCCUUGCGGGAGCAACGUUGGCUACUUGCCCCAGCAGAGUGGAUUAAUGGACACCUACGUCACCAUCGCCGACCUGUUAGCUCAUGCAAACUACACCUUUGAGGUUGAGGCCGUGAAUGGCGUGUCCGACCUUAGCCGUACCCAGCGACUGUUUGCAGCCGUCAGCAUCGCAACCAGCCAAGCAGCCCCAUCGCAAGUGAGUGAGGUGAUGAGGGAGCGAGUUCAGCAGCACAGCGUUCAGCUCUCCUGGCAGGAACCAGAGCAGCCCAAUGGCGUCAUCACCGAAUACGAGAUCAAGUACUAUGAGAAAGACCAGAAGGAUCGCAUUUACUCCACCGUGAAGUCAAAGUCUACUUCAGCCACAGUCAAUAAUCUGAAGCCAAGCACAGCAUACAUCUUUCAGAUCCGAGCAUUCACCGCCGCGGGAUACGGCACUUUCGGUCCUAGAGUGGAGGUCACCACCAAGGAAGUAUCCACUGGAUCUGCUACAGUCAUAUCGAGUGAGCAGAAUCCAGUCAUCAUCAUCGCAGUGGUGGCGGUAGCCGGUACCAUCAUCCUGGUCUUCAUGGUGUUCGGUUUCAUCAUAGGGAGAAGGUACGCGCUCGCGGCCCCCAUUGACUCUCCGCUACUACACUGUGGCUACAGUAAGGCCGAUCAGGAAGGGGACGAGGAGCUCUACUUUCAAUUUAAAUUUCCAGGCACCAAAACCUACAUUGACCCUGAAACCUACGAAGACCCAAACAGGGCUGUCCAUCAGUUCGCAAAGGAGCUGGAUGCCUCUUGCAUUAAGAUUGAGAGGGUUAUCGGCGCAGGAGAGUUUGGAGAGGUGUGCAGCGGACGACUGAAGCUGCCGGGAAAGAGGGAUGUGUCGGUGGCCAUAAAAACGCUGAAAGUAGGCUACACUGAAAAACAAAGGCGGGACUUCCUGUGCGAGGCCAGCAUAAUGGGCCAGUUUGAUCACCCGAAUGUGGUCCAUCUAGAGGGUGUCGUCACCAGAGGAAAACCAGUCAUGAUAGUAAUUGAAUACAUGGAAAAUGGCUCAUUAGAUGCAUUCCUCAGGAAACAUGAUGGGCAGUUCACUGUGAUUCAGUUGGUGGGAAUGCUACGCGGCAUCGCGGCCGGCAUGAGAUACCUCUCAGACAUGGGCUACGUCCAUCGCGAUCUGGCGGCGCGAAACAUCCUUGUCAACUGCAAUCUCGUAUGUAAAGUGUCCGACUUCGGCCUGUCCAGAGUGAUUGACGACGAUCCCGAAGCUGUCUACACAACGACGGGUGGAAAGAUCCCAGUUCGGUGGACAGCAAUGGAAGCCAUCCAGUAUCGUAAAUUCACAUCAGCUAGUGAUGUAUGGAGCUACGGGAUUGUCAUGUGGGAGGUCAUGUCCUACGGAGAACGACCUUACUGGGACAUGUCCAAUCAAGAUGUCAUAAAGGCUAUAGAGGAGGGAUAUCGUCUUCCCGCCCCCAUGGACUGCCCUCCUGGCCUCCAUCAGCUCAUGUUGGACUGCUGGCAGAAAGACCGAGCAGACCGACCCAAAUUCGACCAGAUCGUCGGCAUCCUGGACAAAAUGAUCCGCAAUCCUAACACCUUAAAAACGCCAAUGGGAACGUGUACGCGACCCAUAAGUCCACUGCUUGACCAGAACACUCCAGAUUUCACCUCUUUCCGAUUGGUCAGUGAGUGGUUGGAAGCCAUCAAGAUGGAGAGAUACGUGGACAACUUCACAGCUGCCGGCUACAGCUCGCUGGAAUCUGUCGCUAGAAUGACUAUCGAGGAUGUAAUGAGUUUGGGAAUCUCCUUGGUGGGCCAUCAGAAGAAGAUCAUGAGCAGUAUACAGACUAUGAGAGCCCAGAUGCUGCAUCUUCAUGGGACGGGCAUUCAAGUGUGAUGGGCGUCCGCAGCGCUCCCCGGUCAGAUGAACCAGAACUCUCCAGGACAGCACCGCAAAAUGUGUGACACAGCAA